GAGCCCACAGCCUUGUGCAUCCUGGAGAGCGCCUCCGACCGCACCCAGGUGGAGGUAACGCCACGGCAGGUCCCCAGCAAAGUGGUGAAGGCGGAGGUGAAGAAGAAGGAGCUUUGGACCUUUGAAACCUCCACCUUCAGGCACUUCUUGCGGGACCACCUCUGCAAGCCGGAGGAAUGCUUCGACCGCGACUGGAACUUGUGCAAGGCGCAGGGAGCGAAGCAGCUUAGCUGGCUCGAGCUUCGCCUGUUCUUUGCUGCAAUGGGGAAGGCAGAUGCUGAGGCCCAUGCGCCCGCGUGGCGCAAAACGAACAAGGCCGCGAUGAAGGAACUGGCCUUGUUCCGAGCGUCUGACGGCAGCCCCGACGGAGUACUGUGGUACUGGGUAAGUGCGGCGCGCAAGGUCUGUGUGGGUCUCUACAACAAUCUCAAGAACGAGAAGCUGAUCGUCACCUUCAACGGCGCCAAGGAGGCGGCACUUGCAGCGCCGGAGGAGCCCGAGAAGAAAGGCUUCCGCUGCAAGGUGAAGGGAGACAUCAUCGCCUUCACCGUUCUGCCAGGUGAAAUGGUUCUGGCCUUUGACAAGGGCGACGGUGUCCCGGGCUUCGUCCCUGAGUUGUGCCCUUUGACGGCUGCGGACUAUGAGGCCACAUUUGGAGCGGAUGCCGUGAAUGGCUAUGAGGCCAACCUGGAGAAGGUGAAAGCCUUGAUCGCGGAGAAGGGCCUUGACAGCUCAGACGACCUUGCGGUGCUCAAGGCCUGCGUGGAGACGAAGACGCGCUUCGUGGAUGUGAACUUCACAAAGGAGGCAGUCAUGGGAUCCGGACAGGAUUGCCCGGGUGUCUUCCUGUGCCCGGAGCAGUACCUCCGCGAUGGUCAGACCAAAUGCCUCUUCAAAGCGGAUGAGAGUGGAGAGAAGGUGACUCCGGAGGACGUUGGGCAAGGAGUGCUUGGGGAUUGCUGGCUCAUGGCUGCCUUUGCGGCGCUAUCGGAGUGGCCUGAAAGAGUGUACUCCAUGUUCGGCCUGGAUGGCAACCCCUGCUACGGCAACGAGGUGGGUGGCUACGUCAUCCACCACACCAAGGACGGCAAAUGGCGAUACACUGUGGUGGAUGACUACCUCAUUGUGCGGGGAGUGGGGCCCAUGUUCGCCCGCAACCGCAAGAACCCGGCGGAGCUGUGGGUGUCUGUGCUGGAGAAAGCCUGGGCCAAGGUGCACGGCGGCUACAAGGUCUUGCAGGUUGGCAGGACCCACAACGCCAUGACGGACCUGACUGGCUACCCAUCCAACAUCUUCAUGUUCGACCCAGAGGAUCGCGAGAGCGUGCUGCUGGACGGCCACGUGAAGACGGAGUUCUGGAGCUGCGGUCAGCUGGGUGAGCAGCUCGCGGCCUGGGACGACAAACACUUUGCCAUGAAUCUCCAGACGGAAGGAGCUGAUCAGAGUUCCUUCGACCAGAAGAACUCCUCUACCUUUGGCCUGGAGGAGGAGUACAAGAAGAUCGGCCUUUUUCCAGGGCACGCAUACACGCUCUACGGAGUGCAGAAGGUGAAUGGCACGUUGUUAUGCCAAAUCCGAAACCCGUGGGGCUCUGGUGCAGAGUGGACUGGCGACUGGAGUGACCGCAGCAAGCUGUGGGAGUCGGUGGACGAGGAGAAGAGAAUUGCGCUGCUGGGUAGGAAGCCCGACAACACCGACGGCAUGUUUUGGAUGUCCCUGCAGGAUGUCUCGAAGCACUUCAAGGGCGGCAGCGUCACCUUCAUCGGAGACAGCGACGACCUGCGCUUCAUCGGCACCGCCAAGGGCCAGGCCACCUUCGCCGUGCGCUUCAAGAACACCACCCCGGGGAACCGAGUGUCCUUCAUGGCUUCACAGCCGGAUGUCCGGAACCAUGGCGGGAGCUAUGCUGCGCUGCAGGUGAGACUGAUGGUCAAGGCCGACGGAGGUUGGCGCCUGGCGAAAUCGGAGGACCUCAGCGGGCAGCCGCCGGCCACGCGCUGGCGAAUGGACCGCGACCUGGGCUUCUCCACAACCUUGGCCGAGAACACGGAGUAUUUGGUCACUUUGGUCACCGACGCGAAGGACAAAGACGUGGUGUUGGCGGUGCAGCCGAGCAAAGGCUCUGAGUACGCCGCCGAAGCCUUCUCCGUGCCAGCCGAGGCGGCCUUCCUGCAGAGGACCGUGGAGUCGGAGGCGGUCUUCGAGGUUGACACCUCCGCUAAAGUCCCCGAGGAUUUGAAGCAGCAGAUGUGGAGAGCGGUAUGA